CCAGCAACACGAUUCGCGGCAGACGUCGGCUCCCAUUGGCUCAACGAAACGUCAAUCACCCAGACGCGUAAUCCUAUUGGUCAAUGCGCUUCUGGAAAAAAGGCUGUUGAACUUGUGUGUCUUCUGAGCUACAUGCUAGGACACACUUUAACCUGACAGCUGAACUUUCUACAGUCCUGUUGGACCUGUCACCCUCUCCUCACAAUCGGACCAGACAUGGCAGGCAUUGGCAGGCUCUCCACUAAGGAUGCAGUGCUCUUCUUGUGUGACAUGCAAGAGAAGUUCAGACCCAACAUCUUCCAGUUCACCAACAUCGUCAGCAACGCGUCCAGAUUGCUCCAGGCCAGUCGUGUUCUGGGCAUCCCCGCGAUUUUGACCGAGCAGUACCCUAAAGGCUUGGGACCCACGGUACCAGAGCUGGGAGCAGCAGACCUGACAGCUCAUGCUAAAACCUCAUUCACCAUGAUGAUAGAGGAGGUGGAGAAGGAGCUGCAGGCCCUGGGGAACCCCAAACAGGCUAUACUGUGUGGAAUAGAGGCACACGCCUGUAUUGCAUGCACAACAUAUGACCUGCUUGAAAAAGGAAUUGAGGUUCACAUUGUUGCUGAUGCGGUCUCAUCCAGAAGCCAGACAGACCGUUUGUUUGCUCUGUCCCGGCUGAAGCAGAGUGGAGCUUACCUCACCACCACAGAGGCUGUUCUGCUGCAGCUGGUUCAAGAUGCUAAACACCCCAACUUCAAGGAGAUCCAGAGGCUUUUGGCCCACCCAUCCCCCGACACCGGCCUCCUCUCCUUCUUCAGCGCUCUGUAGGGAGAUCAUCACCUGUCAUUCUGUUACACAAAUAAUGUACAGAACUUCACUGUUUCCAACAUCCUGAUAAAGUGCUUCAAUAAAAGUGACGCUGCUACUUUAAA